AUGUCAGAAUCUGAGGAACGAAUAAUUGCUUUAAUUGACAUGGAUUGUUUUUUUUGUCAAGUAGAAUCAAGAGAAAAGCCAGAGUUGAAAGGAAAACCAAUGGUUGUUUCACAAUUCAACAUGGUUCUUGCUGUUAAUUAUGAAGCUAGAGAUCUUGGUAUAAGUAGAUUUGUACGAGGUGAUGAGGCAAAAGAAAAAUAUCCAGAUGUAAAUGUUGUCAGUGUUCCAGAACGACGUGGUAAAGGAGAUAUUUCAAAAUAUAGAUCAGCUGGUGCUGAAGUUAUAAAUGUUUUAAAACAACAUUGUCCAAUUGUCGAACGUGCCAGUAUUGAUGAGGCAUUUUUAGAUAUAACAGAUUUAGUUGAUAGAAGAAUGGAAUCAACUUUAAUAUCAUCAAGUAAUGUAGAAAAAUAUUUAACAAAUACUUUUGUAGUUGGAUAUUGUGAUACAACAAAUGAUGAAGAUAAAAGAUAUGAUGGAAUGAAAAAAUGGAUAAAUGAAUCAUUUGAUAAUAUGGGUGGUGAACAAGAACGGAAACUUGCAAUUGGUGCUAUUAUUAUUGAAGAAUUGAGAAGUGAAAUUUAUGAAAAAUGUGAAUUUAAAUGUUCUGCUGGUAUUUCAUAUAAUAAAGUAUUGGCAAAACUUGCUUGUGGUUUACAUAAACCAAAUAAACAAACAAUAUUAUCAAUGUCAUCUGUACCUGAGCUAUUUUCAACUUUAUCAGUUAACAAAAUUAGAAAUCUUGGUGGUAAAAUUGGUAUGGCUAUUGUUGAAAAAUUAAAUUGUAAUGUUAUGUCUGAUUUGCUAUGUUUUUCUAUGGAUCAACUUGAAAAACAAUUUGAUAAAAAAACUGCUAUGUGGUUGUUUAAUAUUGCCAGGGGAAUUGAUCAUGAACAAGUUAAAUCAAGAUUAAUUUCAAAAUCAAUUGGUGCUAGUAAAAAUUUUUGGGGUGAAGAAGUUAUAACUGAAAUACAAAAGUUGAAAGCAUGGAUUGAUAUUUUAUCAGAGGAUAUUUCUGAAAGACUUGAGCAAGAUUUACAAGAUAACAGCAGAAGAGCAACGGCUUUGACAGUAAGUUAUCAAUAUGUACGUGAUAAAAAAAAUAUAUCACAAUCACGAACAUCAACUUUAACUUCUUAUAAAGCUGAAAAGAUAUCAAGUCAUGCUUUUGAUAUUAUUAAAAAAACAAUGCAAACACCAGUUUCAUAUCUGAAGUUGUUUCCUGACUUGGAUAAUAUUGACAGUUCAAUUGUGGAACUGCUACCAUCUGAAUUACAACAAGAGGCAAAAAUUUAUCUCAAGUCAAAUGAUAAAGAUCUUGAUCAAACAAAUGUUUAA